GCUAUCCAGACUAUCCAGAUAUUAACACUAGCUUCGCACACAGUCUAGCCUCACCAAAGACUUAACGCAAUAAUUGAAAUGAGAACCAACCGACGCGCCUCAAACCUGCUGUCCUGCCAAGUGCGAGGCGACAGCCACACUUUCGUGGCUGAAAACUUGAUUUUUUUUGAUCCUUCCGGACAUUGUCCCACAGAAAUUUCCCUACAAGGUCCCACCAAACACCGAGGGGAGGCUUCAAGCAGACUAUCGACCCAAUAUUUUCCAGAUGGGCGCAUGUGAGAUCACAUAUCACAAGAUUGAAUCAAUGGGUUUGAUCUGCGCAUUCGCCCUUUUCUCUUCAUCAUGUGUGGUUUCUUUGCGUCAAUACCGUAAUGGGGCUAUAGUCACACCAUCGGACCGAUUAUCUCCAAUAACCAGCCUCUGCCCUGUUCUCAUGUGGCAAGAUCAAGCUUACUUUCAUAAAAACAAUAUUGAUAGAAAAUCAGGAAAUAGAAAUGGAAGCCCAACUGAAUGGAAGGAAGAGAACGAGAUCAGGAGGGCCCAAGAGCACAAUAUCAGAGCAGGUGGAUCGACAGAAGGAGUCGAUGCUGUCUCCGAGUUCAAACCAUCCCGGUCAGGUCUCCGAUGCAUGAGGAAGAAAGGCAGCCAAAUAGUAGAAGGCGCAGGAGCGGAUUGUGAGUUUCUUGGCGAGUUAUUGUCUCAGGCCACCUCCAAUUCUGGAUAAGAACCUAAUGUACUCAGCCAGCCAAGACUGGUGUACAUGCACACCAGGUUGGAGCACGACCGGGCUGGCCAGCUGGCCAUCCCCUGGCAUUCCACGGCUUCGAUCUGCUUUCUCUCAGCCUUCCUGAGAUUUCCCACGCAGUAUCUACUACACGAUAGGUUGGCAAUGGUCGGCAGUUGCACGGAGCUCAACUUUCAGGGUAGGAUUGGGUGGCUGGUCGUUGGAGAUGAGAUCAUGGAUGCAUAUCUAGUAGGAUUACUACCGUGCAAUUGAUUGCUACGGCCGGAUUCUCGAGGUGCAUGCCUUGCCAUG